CUCUUGCGCGGGUGACGUCAUUUGGUUGCGCAGAACAAGGGGCGUCAAAAUCGCCAUAUUGGCUGCUACAGUUGUUGACAGAAAUAGGGUCACCUGACAAAUCUAUUGGAAUCACAAACAUCAGAAGUUGAAAGUAUUUAGUUAUCAACAGGUCACAAAGUCAACUGGUUCAAGACUUUGAAAAUCGACUUAAUUGUCUGAAUUUGAGGAAGGGGUCAGAAGAAUCUUCAUCUGAAUUCCUGCUUCCGCCAACUUCCGGAAAGAAAUGGGUAGUAAAGAUGACGAGUACGAUUACUUAUUUAAAGUUGUGUUGAUUGGUGAUUCUGGCGUAGGAAAAAGUAACCUGUUGUCAAGAUUCACAAGAAAUGAAUUUAACUUAGAAAGUAAAAGUACCAUUGGUGUGGAAUUUGCCACAAGGAGCAUACAGGUUGAAGGUAAAGUGAUAAAGGCCCAGAUCUGGGACACAGCUGGUCAAGAACGAUACAGGGCUAUAACUAGUGCAUAUUAUAGAGGUGCUGUUGGCGCAUUAUUAGUGUAUGACAUAGCUAAACAUUUGACAUAUGAAAAUGUAGAAAGAUGGCUGAAGGAACUAAGAGACCACGCGGACAGUAACAUUGUCAUUAUGUUAGUAGGAAAUAAAAGUGAUUUACGGCAUUUACGAGCUGUCCCUACAGACGAAGCAAGGGCCUUUGCAGAAAAGAACUCCCUGUCUUUCAUUGAAACUUCAGCAUUGGACUCAACUAAUGUGGAGUCAGCAUUUCAAAAUAUAUUAACAGAAAUUUAUAAAAUAGUAUCACAGAAACAAAUCCGGGACAGCCCUGACGACGACAACACACCUAGCAACAAUGUACAAAAUAUCAUAGUCGGACCUACAGAUAGCUCCACGCCAAAGUCUAAGUCAUGCUGUAAUGUAUGAGAGUCGCGUGGUUAGAAAGAACAAUUAAUAAGACCAAUGAUAUGUCUUUAUGACAUCAUAUUGAACGAUAUGUUACUAAAGAAAGGGGAAGAACUCCACAGUUUCUCAUUUGACAACAUUCUGCAUUGUAAAAGGGGCUUGUUUCUGUAAUAUCUUGUAAUAUCAACAUGUGUUUAAAUGAUAAUGGUUAUAUGGUGCGAUUGUUACAUUGUGUUAAUGUUUAACAUAUUUUAAUUUUAUUAUUCAUGAUGGUUUAUACUUAUUCUACUCUGUAAUUAAAAAAAAAAACCCGACAAAUAGAAGUCGACUCAAAACUUAAAAAUAUUGUUUUUUUCCUUGGGACAUAUUUUGGGAGACAUUCUUUUACCAUUUCUUCUUUACGCCCUUUUGGCUUUAUUCAUGAAUACAUUAUCAGUUGUAAAGAAAUAAAAUUUUGAGUCCAUUAAUCUUCACUAGAAUGUGUGAGACUAUAUGAAUGAUUGAAGUUUGUUUUUUAUACGUUGUAAUUAAGCUUUCUGAUUUGCUAGUCGUAUUCAUUACAUACUGUCAUGACUGUGAUAUAUAACAAUAAUGGAGAUCCAUAAUAACUGUUGUUCUUGUAACGAACUUAUUUUUCACUAUACCCACAACUUAACUAAUUUCAACUCAAUAAUUUCAUAUCUCCAUUAAUUUGCAUGAUUCUUUAUUCACUAGAUAACUAUAGAUUUCAUUGUACAAGAAAGAAUCAUUGGCUCAAACAUCACGUAUAACAUUCCGCUAAUGGUUUUGAAUGUAAACUUGAAUUCCCAUGUUUUGUUCCUAUGGAAAUGUUUGUUGAUACAACUGGAUUGUAUUGUUGUAAAUUAAGCUUGUUUUACACUAAAAGACUGCCAGUAAAAUGUAUUUUUAUGAUUUUAACAGUCUGGCCUUGCAGUCAUAAAACUUUGAUGCACGAUUUUUGUACUCAAGAAUCAACCAAUCAAAAUGCUGUAUUUCAUGUUUCAAGCAUAAUUUUUGUGCUCUGAUCACUUAGCAAAGUUUUAUGGCUUCAACCCCUGUACCGUAAAUGUUUGAAUAUUGGUGUUCCAACAAGUAGUUAGAAAAAAUCUUGGUGCAGACUGAUAACGAACAUAUUUUUAAAUUCAGAAUAAAGGGUGGUGGUUUUUAUAUUUUUGCUACUGUGUGUAAGAUAGAAAGUGCAUUUAAAAACCUUGAAUGUAUUGAAGAAUUAACCUUAAGUCUGUAAUCAGUCCUGGGUAUAAUUUAUGACGCUCCAGGACAAGCCUUAUUUAUUUGAUUGUGACUGACUGGUAUGGUUAGAUAUAAUGUAGAAUGAAGUCAACAUGUAGAAUCUGUUUAUCUAUUAUAGCUAUAUCACAUAUUUUUAAACAAAUCUGUACAAUUUGUGUGAGUGUAUUUUAUUUAAAUGAUGUAAGAAUGUGUGGGUGUGAUUGUGUAAUUAUUAUACAGCUAGACUUAUAAUAGUCUGGCUAUUUGUUGAUGUUGUUUCUCAAAUUUCCAUUUGUUUUGAGGUAAAGUCUGUACAUAAAAAAAGUACAGGUAAUGAAUGCAUUUGUGUAUAGAUUAAUUUGGAUGUAACACCUCUUCUGAUUGGCUGAUGUUAUUUUGUUAUCAGCCCAUAGACAUAAUUUAGUCAUGUGACCGUGACGUCAUCAACUUUUUUCAUGUGGUUUCUACCGUUUAGGAAAAAAAUUCUUUUUGAAGUCAUGAAAACUCUGUACAACAAAAGAUCAAAUUGUUUUGGUUGCUUGAUAUUUAAAGUUUAGAAAUUGUUUCUGAAAUAUCAAUCAUGAAUUAGGGAAAAGUAAAUUUUGUUUUAAGUGUAUACUGGCAUUAAUAAUGUGGCUGUGAUUGUUUAUUGACUUGAGGUAAAAUGCUUAAGUAUUGGUAAAGAAGACUGCCAUUAAAUGCAGUGGCAGAUCCUGAAAUUAUCAUAAGUGACUGCCUAGGAGGGGGCCACUAUGGUCAUGCUUCAGUGAUUCCCUAUAUAAUCAACCAAUCCUAGAGAAGAGGGCCCUGGGCCUCCCCCUAAAUACACCUCUGAAAUUGAGUAACAAAAAGGGGGAAAAACACUAAAAUAUAAAUCCAAUAAUUACAUGUUUUGAAUAAGUGACAGCACCCUUUAUUUCUACCCUAACAUUGUACAAUAUACCUCAUUGCUAGCAUGUUGGUAUAUUUUUGUUAUUGCUUAAUUAACUCAAUAUUAUUACUGUGUAUAUUUGUUAAUAUUUGAUGUAAAAAUCUUGUAUGAGAUUAUAAUAAAUUAUUCUUUUUAAAAAACCUUAUAGUCCUAUACAGUCAAAUUUCUAGUGGGCUUUGAUUACACAUUUCAGCUCAUGUGUUUAUGGUCCAGUGGGAAAGGACACAUGUUCGAUUCAUAGGUAUUUUCUUAAUCUGCCUUCAAUGUCAUGAUACAUUGAUAAAUUUAUUAUGUUGGAAAGAUUUCAAGACAAAAUAUAUCAAAUGAGUUAAGUAAUAAAAGAUGAUAUAAUGAAUUAUAGUAAACAGUCUUUUUUGGUCGUAUAAUGCCAGGACUGUAAGAGCUGUGGAAACAACUUUGAGGCCAUUCUUAAAAAAAUAUCUGUUAUAUGUUGCCUACCCAUACCUUGCAUGGUCAAGAAGCGAAUUAAGUUGUUUGGCUGACAAAUUAAAUUAUGAAUUAAACGAGAAGACAAUUUUGAAGCAGGAAAGAACUUUAAAAAAAAAAUAACUUAUUUGUGUAAUUUUUUUUUAGGGUGGGUGUAUGGAUAGGUAGGCAACAUAAAACAACCUUAAUUUUAUGUAUGGCCUGAUCUUACUGUGAUUAUAAUGUAAAUAUAUGUUUAUUUUUUCAUCACAAAUGCUUGUUUAUCGUAUGUCUGUACGAGUGUAUGUGAGAGUUGAGGAGGGUACAUUUUAUAAACAAAACUGAUAGAAUAAAAAUGUUAACAUUUAA